AUGAACAGUCAACGUGUCACUCUCUUGGUUCUUCUGGACCUAAGUUCCGCUUUUGACACAAUUGAUCAUGGAAUUUUGCUGGAACGGUUAAGGUCAAAAUUUGGAAUACGUGGAAAAGUUCUCAAUUGGUUUUCUUCCUAUUUGUCUGGUCGAAGUCAACGUGUUAUGCUAAAUGGUACCCUGUCUGAUUCAUCUGAUUUGAACUUUGGUGUCCCGCAGGGUUCGUGUUUGGGGUCUCUUCUUUUUAUAUUAUACGCCUCCAAACUGUUCGAUAUUAUUAACAAUCACUCGCCAGAUUCACAUGGUUUUGAUGAUGACACUCAGUUGUAUGUGUCAUUCAAACCUGACUAUCGCAUGCAAUGUGAAGCGAUCUCGGUAAUGGAAAGUUGUGUCAACGAUCUUCGGAAAUGGAUGAUUCAAGAUAAAUUGAAACUAAAUGACGGUAAAACUGAACUGCUAAUAAUUGGAUCUAAGCAGCAACUGCAGAAACUUAACCCAUGCCAUGUAAGUGUCGGGAAUGCCGAUGUCCUUCCUGUACCAAUAGAUCGUGAUCUAGGAGUUUGGCUUGAUUCAAAUUUAUCAAUGUCAUGUCAUAUAACAAAGACAUGUGGUACCGCAUUCUAUUGGCUUCACAACGUCAAACGCAUCAGCAAGUUUUUAUCUCUGGAAAAUCCGUUUACUGUUAUACAUGCCUUUGUUACAAGUCCACUAGAUUAUUGUAAUGGUCUCCUGUAUGGUUUACCUAAUACUGAAUUGAUUAAUUUGCAGAGAAUUCAGAACGCCGCUGCAAGUUUAGUGACUUCAACACGAAAAUACGAUCUCAUUACACCUAUAUUACGUGAACUACACUGGUUACCUGUGAAGUUCAGGAUCCAUUUUAAACUGCUAUUGCUUGCUUUUAAAGCUUUACAUGGAAUGGCUCCAAAGUACAUGGUAGAUCUGCUUGUUGUCAAAGUGGAGGGAAACUACCUUUUAUGCUCCAAUGACAGCUUAA